UAGUCAUUUUGGAAAGCCGCCACCUAGUUUAAUGUUAUUAGGCUACGAUGUUGACAAAUUUCGUUGAUUAAUCCCAUUUCCAACAUUCAGUUUUGGCGUAAAUUAGCAAGUAAUGUCAAGGGUAGUUUUCCUGCACCCCGACCUGGGCAUUGGGGGAGCUGAAAGGGCUAUGAUCGAUGCUGCACUGGCUUUGAAAUCAAGGGGUCACUCCGUCAAGUUUGUGACUGCUCAUCAUGAUCCAGGUCAUUGCUUUCAGGAGACAAGGGAUGGCACUUUCUCUGUCACUGCUGUGGGGGACUGGCUACCCAGGAGUAUGUGUGGCAUCUGCUAUGCUGCGUGGGCUUACAUCCGCAUGAUCUAUGCUGCCAUCUAUCUGGUCUUCUUCAGCAAAAUGAAGUAUGAUGUUGUGAUUUGCGACCAGAUUUCUGUGUGUAUUCCAGUACUGAGAAUUGGAAAUACGCGCAUUAUCUUCUAUUGUCAUUUCCCUGACCAACUUCUGACCCAGAGGAAGAGCUUCCUGAAGAAACUCUAUCGCUGGCCGAUUGACUGGAUGGAGGAGAAGACCACAGGAAUGGCUGAUGUCGUCCUUGUCAACAGUAACUUUACUGCGGGACUAUUCAAAGAUACAUUCACUGCCCUUGAUCACAUUAAGCCAGAUGUUUUAUACCCGAUUCCGGACUUCCAAGCAUUCAGGAAGCCUAUUGCUCCUCCUACAGUUGAUUUGAUGCCCAAAGGAACAGAUAAGACUAUCUUCUUGUCCAUAAAUCGAUAUGAGAGGAAGAAGAAUUUGGCACUUGCCAUCAGAUCAUUAGCCAAACUUGGAAGACUACUUGGUAGCAUGGAAGGCAUCCAUCUGGUCAUGGCAGGAGGAUAUGACGAACGUGUGACAGAGAACAUUGAAUACUACCAGGAGCUGGUCCAACUGGCUACAGACUUGAAUGUUUUAGAGCACAUCACCUUCAUACGAUCAUUCAAUGAUUCACAGAAAAGGACACUCUUAGCCUACUCUUCAUGUCUAUUGUAUACUCCUGAUAAGGAACACUUUGGUAUCGUUCCAAUUGAAGCGAUGUAUAUGCAGUGUCCAGUUAUUGCUGUAAAGAGUGGUGGUCCAUUGGAGACUGUUUCUCAUAAACAAACAGGUUUUCUGUGUGAUCCGAACCCUCUGUCGUUCGCUGAAGCCAUGAAGGAAAUUGUGAAGAAUCCCAGCUUUGCCAAGAAAUUGGGUGAAGCUGGAAAAAACAGAGUGGAAACAAUGUUUUCAUUUAAUGCUUUUUCAGAGCAAUUAAAUCGAGUUGUGAGUAAUUUGAUUGAAGAUAAGAAAGAGAACUGAAAAAUGACACUCUGCUUUUUUGAAAACUUCUUUAUCUUUUGUAAUUAUCAUCUUGUUGAUCAGUCCUAUAAGGGCCAGUCAUUAAUUGUGAAAUAUGCUGGGUUCACCAUAGUACUCAUUUGUGAUGUUUUGUUGUACAUGUAGUCGCCAAAGUGUAAUUUGAUUCUGCAGAAUGUAGAUGAUGGUAACCUGUAAGAAGCUGAUGGUAGAAGAGAGGUAAGGACAUGUUUACUCCCUGUAAUCACGGCUCAUGGUAUCUAGACUGGCAAGUGACAAUAAAAUUGUAUUGGAGUUGCAUGUGAUAGUGUUGUACUACACCACAAUAAAAUGAGCUCAGAAAACAGUUAUCUUAUUAUUAUUUGGAUGGUUUUUGGUCAGAACUAUCUGACAUCAACCUGGGACAUUGAAUCCAUGCACAGUGAGUGACCUUGAGCUGGUUGGUUUGGAGUAAGAACCUCUCUUACCGAGUUGGAUUGGUUGUGACUGGUCUCUUGUGGUGCAUACCGAGCCUUGUCCUGCAGAGGGGAGUUGCUCUUUGGUGGAUUGUACCAGUCAUUGUCUGGUGUGAGCGCUGGCCCACACUUUGGUGGUUGGGAGAUAUGACACACAUGGUGGUUGUGACAAGGUCUUCAUGAAGUUAAGACUCCUGGGCCAGUCCAUUUCGUCAUCCUGAUCCUCUAUUCUCAUGAACAACAAAAAAUGGCGAGAAAUAUUGCAAGGGUCACCCAUGGAAACGGGAGGAUAAGAAUCAGAAAAUUAGAUUGAAAACCUGACUAAUGUGGGCAUUUUGCAAGCACCUGGGAUAGUCCUCUUAGUCUAAGCCCAUCCUGUUGACAAUAUGAUUGGCUCACUCCUGUUUUACAAGUAGUUCAGUACAAUGUAUGUAGUUCCUAUCAGUUCAAUGAAACAACAAUGAUCUAUCA